AUGAACAAACAUUCAUUACACCAACAGGUAUCACAGCUAAAACGUAAGACAAUUGAAAAUGAAGAUCUAAGUGAAGUAGUUCAAGAGUCAGAGACUUUUGUUCGAAAUAAGAAACCAGUUGGUGAUGAACUUGGUAAAAAGAGCAUAUUCUAUGAUCCUGAUUGGAAUCCAUCUGGGAAGGCACCUUUUGGAUUAAAAAACAUCCCAUAUAAUCCCAGAACAUUCCAACGAGAGACUAAUUUAGCGCCAAGAUUGGAUGGAUUUGAAGAUAUACCGUUACCAAAAUCUCUUAACCAACCUAACCGCAAAAGAGAAGGUCAGAACAACGAUCAAGACAAGAAGUCUUAG